GGCGGCCAGCCGGGUCCCGCGGGCCGCGAUGCGGCGCUGAGGGUCUCCGGAGCGCGCGGUCCGGCAUGACGUUCUGACGGCCCCUCUGCCGCCCCGGGCCGGCCGCCCGGCCUGCUCCGCCAUGGCGAGUGACAGCGGCGGGCUCAGCGGGCCGAGCGCCAGCGAGCGCGAGCGCCAGUACUGCGAGCUGUGCGGGAAGAUGGAGAACCUGCUGCGCUGCGGUCGCUGCCGGAGCUCUUUCUACUGCUCCAAGGAGCACCAGCGUCGGGACUGGAAGAAGCACAAGCUUGUAUGCCAGAGCGGCGAGGCCGGGCCCAAAGGGGCUCCCGGGGCUGGGGGAGCGGCCCGGACAACGGUGGGGCCGCGCGGGGACGGCGCCGAUCCCGCGUCCGCGCCCGCCCCCGGGGACGCCGCUGGGGGUCCCAGCGGAGGCCGCCGCGACCCCGAGGCGUCCCCGGCCCGGCGUUCGCCGCGCCCCGAGCGCACCCUGCUGAGCCCCGGGGAGGCACUGAAACCUGGCGGCGGCACCGGGGGACCGCGGCCCAACGGGCAGACGAAGCCGCUGCCCGCGCUGAAGCUGGCGCUCGAGUACAUCGUGCCGUGCAUGAACAAGCACGGCAUCUGCGUGGUAGAUGACUUCCUGGGCCGCGAGACCGGGCAGCAGAUCGGCGACGAGGUGCGCGCGCUGCACGACACCGGCAAGUUCACGGACGGGCAGCUGGUCAGCCAGAAGAGCGACUCGUCCAAGGACAUCCGGGGCGACCAGAUCACCUGGGUGGAGGGCAAGGAGCCUGGCUGCGAAACCAUCGGGCUGCUUAUGAGCAGCAUGGACGACCUCAUCCGUCACUGCAAUGGGAAGCUGGGCAGCUACAAGAUCAACGGGCGCACGAAGGCCAUGGUUGCUUGUUACCCAGGCAAUGGAACAGGUUAUGUUCGCCACGUGGAUAAUCCAAAUGGAGAUGGAAGAUGUGUGACAUGUAUAUAUUAUCUAAAUAAAGACUGGGAUGCCAAGGUAAGUGGAGGUAUACUUCGAAUAUUUCCAGAAGGCAAAGCGCAGUUUGCUGACAUUGAACCCAAGUUUGACAGACUGCUGUUUUUCUGGUCUGACCGUCGCAACCCUCAUGAAGUACAACCAGCAUAUGCCACAAGGUACGCAAUAACUGUUUGGUAUUUUGAUGCAGAUGAGCGAGCGAGAGCUAAAGUAAAAUAUCUAACAGGUGAAAAAGGUGUGAGGGUGGAACUCAAUAAGCCUUCAGAUUCAGUCAAUAAGGACGCCUAGUGUGGCUCACGUCCCAGCAGCACCCCUCACUGGACUCUGGGCGCCGCUUGUUAGCAUGUGAACAUGAAGGACUGGGGCAAAGAGGUGGAGAGGCCCGGUCGGCUCUCCACCAGGAACAGAAGCAGCUUUCCCAUGUCUCAUCGAGUAGAAGACCAGUGCAUGGCCAGCUUCGAUCUGGGAUUGCUGACAGGAAGAGGAGACGCUAUCGAGGGAAAAUGGCAUUUCUAUCUGGACCUGAAAUAAGUGCCCUACAUAGAAUUUUUUCAUUCUUAUAUUUUGCCAGAUCUGUCAUCUAGCUGAGUUCAUUUCAUCUCUCUUUUUUAUAUCAAAUUUGAAUUUGGAGUAAUUUUUGUAUGAUUAGGUACAAUUUAUCAAAACUGAAUUGAAAUUACAGUAUUAUUCCUCAAAAUAACAUCAAUCUAUUUUUGUAAACCUCUUCGUACUAUUAAAUUUUGCCCUAAAAGACCUCUUACAAUGAUUGUUGCCAGUGACUGAUGACUAAUUUUCUUUUGACUUAAAGGAGCACUUUAAUCACCAACUGAAAACCCAGAUUGUUUUGUUGUCUUGUCUUACACUAAUUGAACUCUUAAAGAUUGCUGCUGUCAUCUUUUGACAUUGUUAAUAAUGAAAUCUAAUAGUAAAACAGUCACCAUUGACUGCUGAGUAACAUGUUUUACAAGAAAAAAUACACAGUAAGAAGGGUUUAAUCUUUUCAUUAAAAAACAAAAACGAAACUAAAGUGACUGGCAGUAAAUGAACUUGAGGUUGCCCUCAGCAUCAAGUUCCUAAAAUAAAGGGCUUUUUUCUGUUUGCAGAUGUCUCCUAUAGUUGUAGACACAAAUGUCCCGAUUGAAGAUUGUUUUUUAACCCAAUAUUAUUCCUUUUGCUUUUCUUCAGUGAACUAUUACUUCCAAAUUUACUGCUGUGUUUUCUCCCUUAGUCCUGGACUCUGUCUGAUCUGCAGAUCAGAACCUUAUUUCUGCUGAAGAGUGUCCAAGGCAGAUUGUAGAGGUAGCGAAACAGAUACAGAGUUGUAGACUCAUGUUCUUGGCUCCUCAGACAGCUGCGCAGUGUUCCCCUAACAUGAUGCAGCCUUCUGACCAGUGCUGAAAGAUGUAUGUUUAGCUUAGAGAAACAGCGUAAAACCAGAUAUUUUAUUUUUAUGUUUUAUGGAUCUUUUUUACUUUUUAGAAAAAGAGGGACUAUUACACAAUCACACAGGCCUCCCAGACUUCUGGUAUUUAAAAAACAAAUUGGAGCUGGGCAUGGUGGUACACACCCACAAUCUCAGCGUUAUGGGAGGACUGCAAGUUCAAGCCCAGCCUGGACAGUUUAGUGAUUCAGCAAGACCAUGUCUCAAAAUAAAGGCCAGGGAGGUAACUCAGUGGGAAGGCCCUGGGUUCUAUCCCCGGUACUGCAAAAAACACAAAACUGAAUUGGGAUGGACAUCAUAGGUUUCACUUCCUUAGGCUCUUCAGCAAGGCCCAAUGGGCAGUAUCCAUAUUUUGCAUGAAUUAUGGAUGUAAGACCUUGUCCCUUGGGUUUUCUGGCUCUGUCCUAAUCUUUGCCAGAAUUGAGUAUACAGAGUUAUUUCUGUAUAUUUCAACUUAGGACAGUUUCAGCAUCUGUAUAGUUUGUAUUCAAUUAGAGACCUUUUCUAUGGAAAGCUCAGUAAUUUUUAUUAAAAGAUUGCUACUGUUCAUGUAAAACAUGAAAAAAAAAUUGAGCCUGAAAGUGGACUUGGGGGUUAGAUAGUCAGUACUGGGAUCUCACUUGGGGGACUUGCAGGAGAAAGUUCAGUUGUCUUCCUUGCCCAUGUUCAGGUCUGCUCCGAGUCCUCUCUUUCUCUCCAGAUGCUCAGCGACACCUUGCCAGUAAGUGCCUCUGCUGCCCGACCUGGGAAUGCACAGCUUUGCCACCUGGUCUGCAGCGUGGUGUGCUGCGUCAGGCCACAGCUCAAAAGCACUGUCGUUUAUAGGGUGUGUAGGAAUCGUUUAUGUUGAUGGGAGGCUUGUUGGAUUGUCAACAUGUACAGCAACAGCCCUUUACUUUGGGAGUCCAUACGCCACCCAGAUGUUUACCUCUGCAGGUGCACAGAGUAUCACUCUGUACUGUCCCUGGUUGUGCUUGCCGACAGGUCUUACAUUGUAUAUUUUUUGGAGAAGUUUAUAUACCUUCUUGGCAGUCAUUGUGAAAAGAUUCAGAAAUCAGGAUAGCCAGUUCUUUAAUAUCCAUUUAAAAUCUGUUCAUUUCAUGUUAGUGGGACCGUUAACUUGUCACCAAGCAAGACUAUUUAAAACUAUUUGUGGCCUAUAUGUGUUAAUCCUGGUUAAAGAUGAAGCUUCAUAAUACUGUUUUUAUUCAAUACAUUAACCAGCUGUAAAACACAGACCUUUAUCAAUAGCAGGCAAAGAAUUUCAAGACAGACUAUAAAGUCGUGUAAUUUGAAAAGCAGUGUUUCCUUAUGAAAGAGCUCUCAAGUUGCUUGUAAAGCUAAUCUAAUUAAAAAGAUGUAUAAAUGUUCUUGAAAAAUUA